AUGUCCCAACUAGAUUCGAAAGUCGCCUCGGUCAUCGACCGCGCCGCCAAGAAUGAUGAAUCCGACGAGGACGACCUCAUCGCUCAGCUUGAAGAUGAUUCAGAGUUAGAUGCUUUCCGCGCACAACGAAUACAACAACUACACGACGAAUUCGACAGGGCUCGGCGAUUGAAGGCCAGCGAGCAUGGGACCUACUCUGAAGUCAAGGACGAGAAGGCGCUGAUGGACAUCACCACAAGUACGAAAAACUGCAUCGUGCACUUUUUCAAGCCGGACUUCAACCGCUGCCGCAUCAUGGACACACAUUUUGAGUCACUCGCACCGUCUCACUAUGAGGCACGAAUCUUGAAGAUCAAUGUCGACAAUUGUCCCUUCUUGGUCACGAGGUUAGGAGUACAGGUGCUUCCGUGUGUCAUUUCGUUUAUCGACGGUGUUGGCGCCGACCGCAUUGUCGGCUUUGAAGGACUGGGACGCAACUCAGACAACUUCACUGUCAGAGAUCUUGAGGCGCGACUUAUCCGAGCUGGCGUGUUCACGAGAAAUAAGGUCACCAAGGAAGACGAAGAGGAGCGCAAGCAAAGGAGCAAGAUGGCAGUCAAGUACGACGACGAGAACGACGACGACUGGGACUGA